GGGGUGUCUGGUUCAGACAUCACAUCCGGGGUGCAGGGUGGGGCAGCAGGAAGCAGAGCAACAGCAGAUGGCACAUGUGGUGUGCAACAUGGCAAUACUAUAGGGGAAAGUGAGUGGGGACUAGAGAGAGGACCGAGCGGCAGAGGAUCAGCAGAGUUGGGGGAUCGGAGCAGGAGAAACUUGCAAUGUCACAUGUAGUGCACAGCGUGGGAGCAAUAUUUUAAGAGGUCAGUAGGGACCAGAGAGAGAGGAGGAUCUACAAACCAGAGGUUAUUACUGAGCGGAGGAUCAGCAGAGCUGGGGGUUACUACUGAAUGGGGGAUCAGCAGAGCUGGGGGUUACUACUGAAUGGGAUCAGCAGAGCUGGGGGCUAAUUCUUAGUGGGGGAUCAGCAGAGCUGGGGGUUAAUAAUGAGU